AUGUCAUCAGUUUUUACUCCUAUAGACAGCAAUCUAGAAGGCAAUUUCAAAUUUUGGAUGCCAUACAACCAGCCCGAUACCGAAGAAAUUUUAACCGAAACUUUAUAUGAAGUUACCAAAAAGCAGAUUUUUAAAGAAAAUAGUUAUACAUUGACUACAUCAGUGCUCAUAAAAAACAGUGAACACAAAAAAGUUUCUCCCAUAGAGUGAAAGUUUGUCCAACCUUUUACUGAAGAGAACGAUAAAAAUAUUAGAUAUGGCUUUACACUUGGCCUUGAUGAACACUCACAAGAUUUUUAUGUUUCCUGUAAAGAAAAGUUGGAUAAGUGGCUUGACUGUUUAUCAUCAACUUGCAUUAUGUCAGGCAUAGAAAACGAUUUUUCUAUCGUUAAAAGAAUAGGCAAAGGCAAAUCAGCAGAAGUCUACUUAGCGAUCUCCAAUGAAAACAGCCAGAAGUAUGCUAUAAAAGCAAUCGAAAAAGCUACUCUCAAUGCCCAGAGUAUGAGCAAUCUAAUAGAAGAAAUAAAGAUUAUGAGAAGCCUAAAUCAUCCAAAUAUAUUAAAGCUUCAUCGUGUAUACGAGAGUGAUUCGCAUAUUUAUUUGGUGCUUGAUUACUUUGAAGAAGGCGAUUUAUAUUCAAGAAUAAUCAAAAAGAAAAAUUUUACUGAAGCAGCAGUAGCUAAAUUCAGCCAGAAAUUGUUUGAAGUCUUACUCUCAUUUAAUAUUAAAUAAAUCAUUUUAAACUAGUUCACAAAAGUUCGACUAAAUUCUUUAUAAACUUUAAUUCUGAAUAAAGAGCGUGUAGAAAUUAUUUAAAAAGAUUUUAUUUAUUUGGUUUAAAUAGAUGGACAAUUUAAAUGCAUUAAUUUAAAAUCAAUUUAUUUUAUUUAAUAAUAUUGUGAUGAGUUUCCUUUAUUUAAACAAAAUAUUUACAAUUUGUUUCUUAUUGAAUGAGAAUUAGAAUAUUUAGACUCAAAAAACAUUGUACAUAGAGACAUUAAAUUGGAAAAUAUUCUGAUGGUCUCAAAUGAAAAUGACUAUGAUUUUAAGCUUGCUGAUUUUGGCUUGGCUUCUAAGUUAGGAGAAGGUUUAACUCAGAUCUGCGGAUCUCCUGGAUAUAUAGCUCCGGAAAUUUUAAAUCGUUUUUCAUACGGAACCAAGGCUGAUGUAUUCAGUGCUGGAGCUGUUAUCUAUAUCCUGCUCUCAGGAUCUAUGCCUUUUUACGGGAGAGAAGUUAAACAAAUAAUCAUUAGCAAUAGGGAAGCAAAAAUCAAUUUUCACCAAAAAGUAUGGGAAACAAUUUCUUCUGGUGCAGUGAAUUUCUUGCAAAAUAUAAUGGAUCCUAGACCUAGUUUUAGAGUAAGUGCAAGCGAAGCUUUAAAGCAUCCGUGGUUUAAAACUCAAAAUUUUGAGAAAUUUUAUGUUGAAGCCAAAGUUAAUUCGAAACUUUUUUAA